AUGAUGAAGGAAUCCGAGUUGAUGCUUGUUGCUGUUCAUGAUCUUUCGGCCUCCGAGCGCUACGGAAACGACAUACGCGAUGGCGAUACAUGUCCCGAGGUCGGUGUCGGUGGGCGGCCAGUUGUUACGCGGCAGUCGGCAGUUCUUCCCUCGGUGGGUGGCGACGGAGAGUCGCUCGGUUCUGGUGUCGUCGACGCGUUGCUGGGGGUGUUGUCGGCUUCUCAGUCGUCGCCCGUGAAUCCCCCAGAUCAAAGACAACCGCAAGUUAUUCCGAUUAAGCGGGGCUGCUCUCCUUUGAUUGAGUGGUAUGACAACGCAAAAAUGCUGGCGGAGCAAUGGAUAGAAGCGGUGUGCAGCACAGGCGUUUUCGCUGAGGCCCGGCCGUGGUGUGACGCGUGGCGUGAGGCCCACGACGGAAAGACGUCUCGAGCGUUUAAUGUUGUCGUGCCCGACGCGUCUGUCGACUAUUCGGGGUUCCUGUUAGCGAGCGAAAAGAUGGCGUGCUCGACAAACGUUCAUACGCACUCCCAAACGUGCCGUAAAGGCGUGCGAGGACGCUACGCUUGUCGCCUCUCGCGUCCGGCUGGAGUCCACGGCAAAGCUACGCAGCAUUUGCUAGUACGUUUAAAAGCGUCUAGUCAUCUGGGGAAACGAAAGCGUGCCGAGUUCGUCGUUGAGUCUGCAUCCUGCGUUGCAGCCGCAAUUGAUUUGAGACAGAGUGACGAAAAACGGCUGUUUCGCGAGUACACCAAUGGAGCCGUUGUUUGGGAGCAGCGUCGUCCGGCGAGCGAUGCGCUCUUUGUAGAGACAAAUCUCGCUCUAGUCUGUUUGUCGCGCUCCCAUACAAACGCGGCGUUAAUCAGUGGCCUUGACUCUGGGCUUGUGGCGUAUGCCGCGGGGUGUGUUGUGUGUCCUACGAGUAGCGGUGACGAAUAUUGCGACAUUGCAUCGUGUGACAUUGAGGACGACGCGGCUAAACGGUCUACGAGCGGCGUGUCUGCAGCCGACGAGAUCUGCUUUCAGCGAGAACACAGUGCUCACAAUUACGACGAAUCUCUCGAAGCAGACGACGUGCAGAGACACUUGGAGAUACUUGUUGCUGCUGAUGUUGAGGAUGGCAGCGAUGAUCAGUCUGUUACUGGGGGUGCUCGUAAAGCUCAUGCACGGAUGUUUACUGCUGACAAAAAGGUUUUCUUUGUAACGCAACCGGAGUCGUACCGGCAUCGCGGUGUAUGGCUCGAAGCGUAUUCCCCCACGGAGUUUGAAAUGAUAGUUGACAUUUUACCGCGAGUACCGUCUGAGCCCGCAUCGAAGACCUAUCGGUGCGCUCAAAAUGAGAAAACAUGUUCCGAGUGGAGGAGUCGAAAUGUUCAGUUCUGGGCGGACCCGGUUUCAUCCACGAUAUCGCAGGCCGGUGGUCACCACGUGAAAUCACCCGACGUUGACAUGGAAGCGGUUGGUGCGAUACUGCCCGAGGAUAUAUUCGACAUGACUAUAGCCGCAGCAGCAAAGGAUAUCAAGGCGGUAAAUGCGGCAAGAGCCAUGAAAUCUACGUUUUUGUCGUUAUCCCCUAUGGCAACGGAAUUCGGUUUUAAGGGAGAAUGGGAGUUCGUCUGUGAAUACGUGCCCGACUGGGAUCGAGAAGGGGUCAGUCGUAACGAUUUGGAGUUGCUGCGUUUGACGUUCACGGAUAGAGUUGGUGUUGUGGUGGUGGACGAGGUCUCUAUGUUCAGUGCCGAGUUCUUGGUUCUGCUGGACCAUCGCCUUCGAACGGUAUACAAAAACAACAUUGUGUUUGGAGGGAGGUCGAUUAUUCUGCUUGACGUCAUAGCGGGGGUACCGCUGUGUAAAGUCCUUUACAUGAAUACGCGAUCGGACGUGUUGUUGUCGGCCCGAGCGUUGUUCCGGCAGUUCAAGGUGUUUUUCUUGCACACGCAGCACCGCGCGGCGACUUGUCAACUUCAGCUGGCAAAUUUGGCCGCCUGUAGGGCACUUCCAAGGUUCAUCCCGAGCGGUCAGCGGUGGACUGAGAGCGAAUCGGCUGAAUUUCGCCCGAUGACCGCCGACGUCGUAAAAAGUUUAACGCCUAAAUUGACGAUGGAAGACGUCUUGAACGGCCCAGCAUGGCUAGACGAGACCACUGUAAUCGUUACCAGUAAUGUAGAUAAGGCCAUUUUAACCGCGCCGGCGGCUGCACUGUUUGCUGACAGACACGGCCAACUUCUAUUCCGCUGGAAGCGCCGUUUGCGACAAGAAUUGCCGGUGGGGUUGCAAAAUCUGGUGUAUGACUAG